CAGACACAAGGAAACGAGUCACAUGACGUAGGCUGAUGGCAGAGAACGAGACGUAAGCGCGCGCUUUAUAUCUCGAGUUCUCUGCUAUAUUAGCCGUACUUAAUAACCUCCUUCGAUCAAAAACAAAGCAAUAUUACGUGAAUAAUAGAAUAAAGUGAACGUGUUUUAUGUUCUCGAUCCAAAGUAAUUUAUAUUUUGUGAUUAAAUCAAAAUGAGUUAUAAGUGGAAUAUAAGUGACGAGAAGUGCAUAUUAGUGCAAUUCUCGAAUGAAAACAAUGAACUCGGGAUUGGCUUCCAAGAUUGGUUGCAAUGUAAAAAUGAUGAAAUAAAUGCAGAUACCAUACAAAGUUUAAUUGAUAAUGAAUCCGAAACUACAAUACUUUGGCCAAGGUGCGACGUAGGGCCUGCGAAUAUUACGAAAAAAGGAACCAAAGACUGCGAGUGGAAUAAAGUUGUCGUUAAGAUACUUGCAUCUGGUCCAUGGACUGUCAUGUGUGAGAAUCAAAACUCACUGAUAAAGUAUGGUAUUAUCAAUCCUACCAGACAGGAUCGACGAAAUUUAGCAAAAAAACAGCAUGACGGGGAUAGUGAUAAUAUAAAACAAGCAGCGACAAAAAAGACGUUAACAUCUGCUCCAAAAAAUAAAAAAAUGUCUAGUAAUGUUGAUAAGUCUGCUACAUUCUUCGCUGAAUAUAAAUCACAGCAGCCGAAGUAUGAUACUAUAGAAGAAUCAGAAGAAGAAUCAGAAGAAUCAGUCGAUGACAGUUCAGAUGAUAAUUUCAACAUGUCAAAAAAAUCGAAAAAUGCACUGUUAGAGAAAAUCAGUGAUUUAACUUAUCAAAAUAAGAAGUUAAAAGAAGAAAAUGUUAAUUUACUCGCUCUGCAAAACGUAUCAAAAAUUGACUCAAUAAUUACAAGAGUUUUGAAAAAUGUAAAAACAGUGGAUGAUAUUACUUCAAAACUUGUAGAUAAUACAUUGGCUCAAAUGAGGGCAAACGUUGAUGAAAAGUCAAACGUGCGACACAAACAAAGCUCCAGUACCUUUUCAUUUGGAAUAAAGGAAAUUAAGACUGAAUUACUAGAUAUUGCACAGGACGAAACAGAAACUAACUAUCAUAAGGCUGUUGAAUGUAACAAAGAAAACAUUCUUUCUGCUAGCGGAUCUAGAGAAUAUAAAAACAAAAUCCGUACUACAGCUAGAGGUGCUGUACAAUUUUACUGAAUCGCAUACAUACACAAAUUUUUAUGGAAAUUUUAAUAUGUAACAUGAAUAAUAUUAUUUUUAUGCACAGAGUGACAAAGUUCAAUUGGCUGAAGGUGUUUUCAUCGAUAAGUAUGCGUUGAAAAAUAGCGAUCACAGCAGCGUAAAAAAAUUAACAAAUGACUUGUUAUUACAUGUCUUUGGUUCCGAAACAUUAGAUGCUAGCAGUGUUACUGGUAAACUACCAAAUUUAUAUUCUAAAUUACCUGAAGGUCAGAAGCCUAAAGUAAAACCGAUGUUAGAUCCUCAUAAACUGAAUGCUUGUAAAGAUUAUGUCUUGAAACGAUUUCCUAAUGAAAAAAAUGCAGAAAAAGAAUUUUACAACGCAGCCAAACGCAAAUGCAACAAUGCAGUUCGUCGUGUAGUGAAAACUAUCCCAGCUCCCUAGAUUCUGCCAAAGAAUGUGUACUUUACGGAUAUUUUUUUUUAUGACUAUAUCAAUAACCGUUACUUGCAGAUUUUAUAACAUUGUUAAAUUGAAGUUAUAAAGAGAUUAUUUUACAUAUUUUAGAAUCCAGAUUUUUGUAGAUGAGAUGGCAAAAACGUAAAAGAUUAUUUUGUUUUAAAAUAUAAAACAGUUGCAAAAAUGCAGUUCGUCGUGUGAAAACUAUCCCAGUUUUCUAGAUUUUGCCAAAGAAUAUGUACUUUACGGAUAUUUUUAUUUUAUAAAACUAUAUACCAAAAACCGAUAUUUGCAGAUAUUAUAACAUUGUUAAAUUGAAAUUAUAAAGAGAUUAUUUUUUAUGUUAUAGAAUUUAGAUUUUUGUAGAUG